AUGAAAGCAGGUGUGUUACCAGAUGAAAAAUCCAAUUCUUUGAAAGCAAAUAAUGAUUAUCCGUCGUCAACAUUACCAUCAGUAGAAGGUUGUGACUAUCAUGGUGAAUAUUAUAACGAUAAGGAACUGUUCAUGGAUAAUUGUAAUUGGUGUAGAUGUGCAGAUCAACAAGUUACAUGCACACUAAUGCUUUGCCCUACAACAGUACCAAAUGCUUAA